GAGAAUCUUACUAUUGAAGUACAUCGAGUUUUUGGUUCGUAAAUAAGCGCUUAUUUCAAACGCGAUCUGUGAUAGUGGUGGUGCUGCAUAAGGAUCAACACAAAACCAAAACCCCCACUCACAAACCCACCAAGGAUUCUUUCUUCUGCUAAUCUAACCAAAUGGCUGAUCCUGAGUUGGAAGCAAUCAGGCAGAGAAGGAUGCAGGAGCUUAUGGGGGGUCGGCAAGGCGCGGGAAAUCAACAGAGCCCCGAACAGCAGAAUGCUCAGGAGGAUGCAAAGAGGGAGGCAGAGGAAAGAAGACAAAUGAUGCUUAGUCAGAUACUGUCUGCUGAAGCACGAGAAAGACUUGCUCGAAUUGCUUUGGUGAAACCUGAGAAAGCAAAAGGUGUUGAAGAUGUUAUAUUGAGAGCAGCUCAAAUGGGUCAGAUAGCUGAAAAGGUUACUGAAGAAAGACUCAUAACACUGCUGGAGCAGAUUAACAGCCAAACAUCAAAGCAGACAAAAGUUACAAUACAGAGGCGUCGAAAUGUUCUUGAGGAUGAUGAUUAGCUUUCACCGUCUCUUAACUGGUUUAUCUACUAUUGACUCCAUUCUUAAUCAUGCAUGUAUUUUACAGACUAAGUAUUUUGUAAGUGGGUUGUGAAAUAUGUUUUAUUUUGAAAUUUUGGGUGUCUUGCCCGGCCACCGAAUUAAACAGCAUAUUUGAAAUAUGUGUGGGAAUGAAUGGAAAUGAAAGGUUUGUUAUGCGAGGAAGGGAAAAUGCAUAAAAUGAAGUUGUAAUUUAGUAA